UGGCUCUCGUCUUGCGUACAAGAUGAGUGGGCACGCAGCUUUCUGGACAACGUUAGUGGUCACGGCACUUGGACUCUCGGAGCUCGGUGGUGUGGGGUCUAUUAAGCUGAAGUUAUCUGCCCUGUAUGAUCUGUACGAGGAGCUUGCAGUUGCAAGCGCCACGGUUUCGUUCGCGUUAAGCGUUGGGCUGUUCGUCGCCUCUCAUCGAAAAGGGGCUAAGCUUGCUGACGCUUCGGGAACAGUUGGACGGAGCGCCAUCUAUGACUUCUACAUUGGCCGUGAGCUCAACCCACGGAUUGGUCCUUUGGACCUGAAGUGCUUCUGCGAGCUGAGACCUGGUCUCCUGGGAUGGGUGGUCAUUAACUUGGGCAUGCUGCUCAAGCAAAAAGAGCUUCAAGGAUACGUAUCAGCCUCCAUGAUCAUGGUCAACGUCUUUCAGGGUUUAUACGUGUGGGACGGCCUCUUCUUUGAGAGGUCAAUCCUGACCACAAUGGAUAUCACCACCGAAGGCUUCGGUUUUAUGCUGGCUUUCGGGGACCUGUGCUGGUUGCCCUUUACCUACUCCCUUCAAGCUCACUACCUGGUGACCAACGAUCCCGGACUUCCCUUUUGGGCUGUUACCGUCAUCAGCUGCUUGUGCCUGGUUGGGUACGCUAUAUUCCGGGGUGCCAAUGGCCAAAAAGACGCCUUCCGAAGGGACCCCAACGCUAGUGCGGUGUCACACCUACAAUGGAUGCCAACUAAGCGAGGAACCAAGCUCCUCACAUCGGGAUGGUGGGGGGCCGCUCGCAAGAUUAACUACACGGGAGACUGGCUCAUGGGUCUUGCCUGGUGUAUGUUUGCAGGGUUUAGUUCUCCAGUGCCGUAUUUCUACUGCAUAUACUUUGGGGUGCUUUUGGUGCAUCGAGCCAUGAGGGACGAUCACGCUUGCGCAGCCAAGUACGGCUCUGACUGGAGCGUGUAUAAGCAGAAGGUUCCCAGCUUGUUCGUACCAGGUUUGUUUUAAUAUAAUUCUCCCCGCCUUUGACACAUUGGAUAGCGGAGAUUGGAACCCAUUAAAAGGCAGUUGGGAAAGUAAAGUCACUUUGGCUGAAGAGUUGGUCCGUUGAUUAUUCUC